AUGGACAACACCGGCAUGGGCUCCUUCCUGGAGCUGGCGGUUUGUAACCGCGGCGCCUUCCACGGCUCCGAGCCCCGCUUCGCCCCGUGCUCCGGCGGCCCCGCCGGGGACAGCGCCUUCGGGCCGCCGGCCGCGCUGGGGCAUCUCCCGCCGCAGAGCUUCCACCCUCCUUCCUCCUCCUCCUCCUCCUCGUCCUCCUCGCGUUUCUCCAGCCCCGGCUACCCGAGCCCGGCGGGCUACCGGAGCCCGGCGGGCUACCAGCCCCUCUGCCUGGGCCAGCAGGACGCGGACGGGCCCUUCUUCCAGGCGCCCGGGUUCCCCUCGGGAGCGGCCCCGCUGGCCCAGGGCUACUCGCAGCCGCCGCCCGCCUUCGGGCAGGAGCAGCCGGGCUACCUGCCCGGCCUCUACGGUGGCCACCAGGAGCAGGAGCCGCCGGGGCUCCCCGAGCCGUGCCCCGAGGCCGCGGCCGCGCAGACCUUCGAGUGGAUGCGGGUGAAGAGGAACCCGCCCCGGACUGGCAAACCGCCGGAGCUGGGGCUCCUGGGGCAGCCCAACGCCAUCCGCACCAACUUCAGCACCAAGCAGCUGACGGAGCUGGAGAAGGAGUUCCACUUCAACAAGUACCUGACGCGGGCGCGCAGGGUGGAGAUCGCCGCCAGCCUGGAGCUCAACGAGACCCAGGUCAAGAUCUGGUUCCAGAACCGCAGGAUGAAGCAGAAGAAGCGGGAGAAGGAGGGGCUGGCCCCGGCCGCCGCCGCCAGGGCGGCCAGGGAAGCGGCCGAAGCCUCGGAUCAAUCGGCCUGCACCUCCCCCGAGGCCUCCCCCAGCUCCGGCUCCUCCUGA